CUUAUCAUCAAAAUGUUAUUUAGAACUCGAUUAAAAAUCAGGCAUCUAUUCUAAAAUAUUAAAUCCUUCAAGUUCUAACCUGUCUCUAACCAUUGAUAACAUUUUUCCCAAGUCCUACUUUGGAACAGUUUUUGACACCAUCCACCAUGAUGCACCUAUGGUUCUCACAUGACAGUUGGAGAUUAGGUCUUUAGUGCAGGUCUGUUCUUGCCUGUGGUAAGUGGGUAUCCAUGGGGAGGGAGAUGAGAUUAUCCUGGGGGGGGAGGCUCCUGCAAGAUUGAGCACUCUCACCCCUACUUAACAGGAUAGCUGUUUGGUUUGAAGGCUAUUAUCAUCAGUAGCAAUAUUUCUACCUCUACGGUUUCCAGAUAGACUGUAGAAGGCUUCAUCUGGUGUCUUGAGGUCUCGGUGGGAUGAAAUAGGCUGAAGGUAAAUAUUAACCAGAUGCACAUUUUGUUUAGAGACCAUCUGUGUGCUCCAGUCUUAACUUUGGGUGAGAAGUCCACUGUCAGCAAGUCCUCCGACUGGGAAUCCUGCUGGAUGCAUGGUGGAGGCCAUGGCUGGAGUCCUUUGCCCCUCUAACUGGUGCAGCAGUUGCACCUUUAUAUGGAGCCGGACCAGGGCCUUAUGAUCAGAUCACCGCCAUGUGCUUUACAUGGAGAUGCCCCUGAAGAUUACACAGAAACUUGACGAAUGCUGCUUCACGUGGACGGGGAGAAGCUGCUUCAGACACCCAAACUGUGAGUGCUUCCUUGACUGCCGAUAUGUGAAAGCUCUGUUGCAGUUUGUAACUAUUUAGGUGACAGCAACAAGAACAAAAAGACAUUUCUUCAAAAUCGAAACUGAUCAGAAUAAGCUGAGGAGCACAGUGUCUCAAGAAUGUCUCUGGACAUUGAAUAUGAAAAAUAAGACAACCGCUAGACUUAAACUUGAAUAAACUGCAUCCUUCAGCCUUUACCAGUUUUGUAUUCCCAGACGCAGAGCCACACUGAAGAACAGAAAAUGCCUAAACGGAAAUGUGUCUUUACUGAAAAACUGAAGCAGAAAUAUCCUCAUUUUCGUAAAGGUAGAGACGACUAUGAAGCAGAGUGCUUGGUUUGCAAAGCUGGCACAUUUGUGUCCGUGGCACAUAAAGGUGCCAGUGAUCUGGAGUAUCACAUGUCCUCUGAAAAGCACAAAAAAGCCCUUGGAGGAGACAGUUGGUCUGCAAAGCUGACUGAAUUUUUGGUGACUCCGGGCACGAAAGCAGAGGAUGCGCUUGCUGCAGCGGACAGCACUCUAUCCUUGCACACUAUCCCAAACUGCAACAGCUACAAAACAACAGGGCGUACAUCUGAGUUGUUGAGAAAAAUAUUCCCUGAUGCAGAGACAGCACAAAAGUUUUCCCACACCCGGACCAGGACAGAAGCUCUUGAGAACUCGGUGCUUGCCCAGCAUGCAGUCAGCCUUGACCUGAAGGCCCUGGAAGACAGCGGCAUCCCUUUCUGUGGGGUGGCUAUAGACGACAGCAAUCACCGGGCCGUGAAAAUGGUCCCGGUGCUCAUCCAAUAUUACGACUACAGGAACGGCGGCUUGAAGACCAAACUGCUGGAACUUCAGGAAACGCCCACCGAGACGGCCGACGCCAUUUCGGACUACCUCGUCAAAACUCUUAAGAAACACGGAUUGCUCCAGAAAUGCGUGGCCUUUGCAGGGGACAACUGCAACACCAUGUUUGGUGAACUUCGGCAAGACGAGGAGGCGAGGACUGUGUUCGCCAGGUUGAGGAGAGCCCUCCAGAGAGAGACUUUGAUUGGGGUGUACUGCCCGGCCCACGUUUUGCACAACUGCAUCCACCACGGAGCAGACGCCCUGGAGGUGGACAUAGAGAACAUCGUUCUGAAGAUCUACCAGUACUUCCACAUAUACGCAGUGCGGACCGAGUCCCUGCAAGAGUACUGUGAGUUUGUGGAGGUGGAGUACAAACGGCUGCUCUCCCACAGCAAGACCCGGUGGCUGUCCUUGUUCCCGGGCAUCACAAAGCUGCUCCAGAUGCACUCGGCCUUGAAGUCCUUCUUCUUGGGCCAGAGCAACCCGCCCACCGUGCUCAGGAGCUUCUUUGAGCACGAGUUCAGCGAGCUCUACCUUUGGCACAUGCACUCGCUGAUGAACGCCUUCCACUUACACAUCGAAGAGAUGGAACGGGAAAACAACUCCAUCGUGGAAGUGAUGAGGACGCUGGACUCCGUGCACACCAUCCUGCUUGACCGAAGAGCUCAAAACUUCAUGUCCCUGACGGUGAAGGGGAUGCUUGCGGACAAGCGCAAGGAGGGGCUGGAGGCAGAAUGCGACGCCUUCUCCGAUGCGGUGCAUCGCCUCUACAGCAACUGCAUAGACUACCUGGAGAUGUGGAUGGCGUCUCUGCAGGAGUUCUCCUGCUUCGCCUGGAUGGCCCUAAGCGAGACACCAAGCUGGGGUGACGUGGAAGCAUGUAUAACCUAUUUAAUUGAAAAGGGUGUAGAGGUUGAUGAUAUCAAGUGCUUUGAUCAGUUCAACAAUUUGAAAAAAUUUGUGGAAGCUUCCAGCGAUGAAGAAGAGUUCCAGCAUCUGCUUUCACAUCAGAAGUGGACCAAAUACUUCCUGAAGGCUAAAGCCAUUGAAUGCUAUUCAGAAUUGUUAAAAAUUGCACAGUUCUUCUUCGCAAUUCCCUCCCACAGUGUAAAUAUGGAAUGGAGCGCUUCUUUUCGUUGAUACAAAGCCAGGAGGUCAAGGAAAGGACCUGCUUGAAAGGCCUACCAUUUGAUUUUAAAAAUAACUGUUGGAAACAUUUUUGUGCAUGCUUUGCUCUAAAGAGACACGUACAUGCACACCACAGAAAAAGACUAUUUGUCUUUUGGGGUGUACCAUCUGCACACAGUAGAUCUUUAGGGUAUCAUCUAUACUUAGAAGUACCAGUUACAGUUGUUCUGUUUUGGUCUUUAACCUCAUUACUGACUCAGAAAUCUUUUCAUUGAAUCAGGUUUGGGACUGAUAGCAAAAUGGAAGGGAAAAACAUUUUUUCAAAUUAUUUUUACUUUUGAAGGCAGUUUGCUAUGUCAUGAAGUUGGCACGCUCACAGACUAGCACAGAACAAGAUGUUCUGCAACCUGUGAUCUUCUGCCUGCUGUAAAGGUUUAAUAAGAUCUGAAAAAAUAUCAGUCUUUCGUGAGAUGAGAUUUCAGUCCAUUUCCAAGCUAGAGCUUUUAACUCCUUAACAGCUGCACUGAUGCAUAAAAACCCUUUAGGUUAUUUUACCAGUGAGUGCUUCCUUGAAAAACAGUUUGAAGGGGCUUUAGGGCAAGAAAACCCCAUUUCCCCCCCCCCUCUUUUUGCCUCUGGAGAAAUAUAGCAAAGGCAACAGCCACAUCUGGCUUAGAAAGUCAAUUUCUGGUUUAUGAGCUAAAUAAUUGGCCAAAAGUUAUAGAAUGCCUCUCAUUCAAAGAACAUCUGAGCAACUAAGCCGAGCAAGACAAAAUAGAGGAUACGGGUGAACCACCAACGCUCUGAAUCUCUUUAGAAACCCAUCAAACCCAGAGAGAAGAUUCCCAGUGCCGUAUGAUGGACCUUGUGUGAGUAUCAGUAGGGAACAUUAUUAAUGAAGAAUCCCUUUAAUAAAAUGACAAGGUACUCAACCACAAUAUCAGGCCUGGGCUCAAGCAUUCUGCAGUGCAGGACUGAUUUUACUGGCUGAAGACUAGGAGAGGUCAUUUAAUCACUAGUCAAAUCCUCAAAAUGAAUCAGAAGAAGUUGCAACAAGUGCAACUUUCCAAAA